CUCAAAAUGUGAAACGCAACGAGUCCCUGAGAGCCACGUUUAAUAAUCCGGACAGAAUGGUUUACUUACCACGUUCCUCUCUUCGGGGUGGUCCGUCAGUCGUAGCCGCGGUUUGUUUGCAGCCCAGACUGUGAAUCCGUCACCUUGCUAGGAAGCUUUCCACUCUCAGGUGGGACGCGAGCUAUUCACGGUAGCCAUUAAGACAAAUGUGGGGGGAACAAACGGUGCGCGAAGCCUUUCAGAGCCUUCUGCAAGGACAAUAAGGAGCAGAGCGCCGCCUCCUGUGGCUUCCUGCAACGCCGGUCGGCGCCCCGCUCGGCUCAACCGCGUCAUCUUCUGAGUUUAAAGGGCCGAGAUUUGGAUGUGAUUGCUCUAUUGUUCAACUUCUUCAGCAUCAACCACGAUGGCCCUAAAUGUGUUUGACCAUGAUGAGUACAGACCACCAGUGUGGAAGUCUUACUUGUAUCAGCUCCAGCAGGAGGCGCCGCACCCCCGCAGAGUGACCUGCACUUGCGAGGUGGACAACCGACCCAAAUACUAUGGAAGAGAGUACCACGGGAUGAUUUCCAGAGAGGAAGCCGACCAGCUACUGAGUCAGGCGGAAGGCAGCUACCUCAUUCGAGAGAGUCAGAGGCAGCCGGGCACAUACACCCUGGCGCUGAGGUUCGGGAGCCAGACGAAAAACUUCCGUCUCUACCAUGACGGGAAGCACUUUGUCGGGGAGAAGAGGUUUGAGUCCAUCCACGACCUGGUCACAGACGGCCUCAUCACACUGUACAUUGAGACCAAGGCAGCGGAGUACAUCGCUAAAAUGACCAUCAACCCCAUCUAUGAGCACGUGGGUUACACCACCCUCAACCAGGAGCCCACGCUGAAGAAGCACGUGCCACGCGGCCAAGAGGCCCCUGACGGCCCGGCGCCAAUCAGAGACGACAGCAAUGCUGAGGAGAGGCUCACGUCACUGGUGCGGCGAGCCACGCUGAGGGAGAGCGACAUGGUGCCCAAAUAUGAGAAGGUCCACAACUUCAAGGUUUAUACAUUUCGUGGCCCUCACUGGUGUGAGUACUGCGCCAACUUCAUGUGGGGGCUCAUCGCUCAGGGAGUCAAGUGCGCAGGUAACCCUCUUUCUCUCUCUCUCUCUCUCACUCUCACUCUCACUCUCACUCUCUCGCACACACGCACACACACGCACACACACACACACACUCUUGCAUGGGAACGAACCAAAAUAAAGCUCUUGUGUGCGUCAGACUGUGGGUUGAAUGUCCACAAGCAAUGCUCCAAAGUGGUGCCCAAUGACUGCCAGCCAGACCUGCGGCACGUCAAGAAGGUGUACAGCUGCGAUCUGACCACGCUUGUCAAAGCGCACAACACCAAGAGGCCCAUGGUGGUUGACAUGUGCAUUCAGGAAAUCGAAGCCAGAGGUCUCCAGUCGGAGGGCUUGUACAGGAUAUCGGGGUUCAGCGAGCUGGUCGAAGAUGUCAAGCUGGCGUUUGACCGAGAUGGCGAGAAGGCGGACAUCUCAUCGAGCACCUACGAGGACAUCAACAUCAUCACCGGAGCGCUCAAGCUCUACUUCCGAGAGCUCCCCAUCCCCCUCAUCACAUACGACGCCUACCCGCACUUCAUAGAGUCUGCAAAGAUCACUGAUGCAGAAAAGCGCCUGGAAUCCCUCCAUGAGGCCUUGAAGCUGCUGCCGCCAGCUCACUGCGAGUCGCUGCGUUACCUCAUGGCGCACCUGAAGAGGGUGACCCAAUUCGAGAAGGAGAACCUCAUGUCCAGCGAGAAUCUGGGGAUUGUGUUCGGGCCCACGCUGAUGAGAGCGCCCGAGCUGGACGCCAUGACGGCACUCAACGACAUCCGCUACCAGAGGCUGGUGGUGGAAACGCUCAUCACCAACGAGGACGUGUUGUUCUGAGAGGCGUCGGAACAAGGUGCGGGGGGGACAAAGACGAGUCACCAACGAAGGGCAACUUGUUCAACAUGACAGCCUCUCUGUUGGGACGCUACAAAGACAUUUCCAAAGGAUAUUUCCAAACGAAUGCAAACACUGAGCCAUGUUGUGUCAGAGCAGUCGGGAUGGGGGCUUGCUGUAUUUGCGUCCUUCUUGGCUGGGAGCUUGCUAUCAUGAGCCACAAUUCCUAGACUAUUGCAGUAAGGUUUCCAUGGCAACCGCAGUAAGAGCCACGCACUCUUUUGAUCUGCAAAUAAAAGGUGAUUGUAUGUGGUGAAAGCGUUACGUAAUGCCACAAAGCGUUGUUAACUCUUAACGUGAAGGAUUGUCUUUUUGUAAUACAGUAGUGCCAUUUCAAAAGAUGAAGUGUUGUCAAGAUGCGUUUUGUUGGUGCGGCCAGCGCUCACAAUAUCACUCACGUGAUGUCCACCCCAUUUCUGUCGGGGGAAUGGGGCCACUGAUUUAACUUUUAGUUGCCAGCCUUUUCAUAAAAUAAUUUAAAAAAGCAAGCAAACACUUCCCUGCUGCACCGGUGUUAAUGAAGAGCUGUAACAAAUGUAAGUGCAUUUAUCUAUUCUAUUUAGUUUUUUGUCGUGUGAUUUAUAUAUAUACUGUAUAUAUAUAUUUACUGUAAAAGCUGUUUUUGAUUUCCUCAUGUGCUAACCACCACCACCAUCAGUUUUCUUUUGUGAAACUGGCACUUUCAGCAUGAUAAAAGUCUGACCUUGUCAUUGCUGUCUAUAGUUUCUGCAUGAGGCAAUUAAAUUAUUAACGUUGA